AUGUCCAAUUCAUACGAGCCCCAGCCGGCUUGCCCGGCCGAUUGGCAGAAGCAGUAUGCUCUCUCCGACGUGGUGUUGGCAGUACCGGUAAAGGAAGAUGCUGGGAUGAAAGACAGGGACACUGGCUAUCGACGAGACGUGUACAUGACCUCGACUGAUUUUGUGAAGUCUCUGACCCACAACCCAAUGUAUAUUUACACAGAUGUUCUUGCAUUUGAUUCCGCAGAAACUACCCUUUCGUCCACGACGGACAGUAUGUUUGUCCUGGCUGCGCGGGUCCUAACUGCCGACACCCCUGUGACUUUGAAAAUCCAGCCUGCUCCGUACACAGGCUGUGUGCUCCGGAUUUAUGCCUCUAUCUUGGACCAGCCAGUGACGGUGCAGUGUCCCGAUGCGUCGCAGAGUGUCCGCCUGCAGCUGGGUUCGGGGACGGAUCACGUUGGGGCGGUGGUCACCGUCCAGACGGACAGCAUUAGUGUCGCGUACUACCAGCAGUAUUUCGACCUCCCGGAUGAGGUUUUCGAGGCCUCGCUAGCGACACAGUUACGAAUUGCACAAGCGCUAUUCUGGCAGGAGCCUUCCAUUGCCAUGUCCUUGUGUGCGCAUGUGGCCACCGCAACGGCCCGUCCCGCGCUUUACCCGGCGCUUAACACGCAGGCAGUGUCCCUGGGCCAGCAAUUAGCUGCCCAGGCCAUGACCGGUCCUGACACCUCGUAUGCCCCUGCCUUGACUAUUAGCCAGUACCGGCAAACUGUCGAGGAUGCCAUCGAUGCUCUGGAUGCGUUCCAGACACAGUAUGAACGGUUUCAAGAUCAGGAAGCUAGUGUCGAGGAUCACAAGGCCGCUUGGUCCACUAUGCUUCAACAAGCCAUCAAUCAACAAGCCUUGCGUGAGCAGGCUCGGGAUCUCGCUUCCGAAAAAUACUCUGAUGCCUGUGCCACUCGAGACAGCUGCCAUGAUCUAGUCACAGCGGGUCGCCACGAGUUGGAUGCCGCCCAGCAAGCGUUCGAGGAAGGCCUGCUAGCCUGGGAAGAGCAAGCGGUGUUCAUUGGAGUGUACGGCCUUUUGACUGGAAUAUUGACAUUUGGCGAGCAGCUGUACCGUAUUUCGGCCGCCUCCGCUCUAGACGAUGUGCUGAAAGCAAUAAAGGGUGCAGCAGAUAUUAUCGAUCAAGUCAAACAGGCAGAGAAAAACACCGCUGCACAAGAUCGACACAUCUCGUCGGAUACUUUGCAACAGCUCACGGAGUGCAUGGGCCCUCUGGAAACUCUAUAUUUCUCCAUGGUCACAGUCGCCGCGGCGGUUAAGGAACUGGAGACUGACCCAAACGCGGCAAUCCCAUCCGUGGACGAUAUCUCCGGCACCAGCCAAGGAGACGCCGAUGCGAGACUGAUCCUCACCUUAGCUGCAUGGGAUACUUGGACCGUGAAUUCUGUUGCGCAGCUGGACUUCGCGGUCGCUCAUGCUAUCCGGGGCGCUGCCGCUUAUCGGUUGGCUAUUCAGAAAUACAGCAUCAAUGGGAAGGCCCUGGCUCAGGCGGAUGCUCAAGCCACCAAAGCAGGACAGGAAUAUGUGCUAGCAGAAAUGGAAGUCAUCACCAGUCAGAAGGAUAUUAAAGAGCUGCAAGAGCUGAUCAACAAGUACACCGGUGAAGAAGAGCUGUAUGCUACAGCCGAAGCAAAGUUCUACGAUUCUUAUCUGUUCAUGCAAACCUCGGUGGCUAUGGAGAUGCGCAAUAUGGCCUGGGCAUACAAAUACUGGGCCCUGGAGGACAGCCCUUUACUGCUGAAUUCCCAAAAGACCACGGCCCAAUUUCGCAAUGAUGUGUAUCUCAUUGAUGACGCGAUGAAUACCGUCAACUCCAAGUACGACCGUAUCCUACAGUUACUCACACAAACUGUAUCAUCCAACGACCUCCCAUCCAACUACGGUCCACUAAUAAUAUCCGACCUCCAAAGCGAAACGCACAAAGCCAGUUUCACUCUCACCCCGAGUACCGGUCAAGACAGUGAGCCCAGCUUCGCCAGCAUCUUCACAGAUGGAUCGCACUUUCGCGCGGCCGGCCUAAUAGCCUAUCUCCGGGGCGCGCGUCCCCGAUCAGAGAAUCUCCAAAACGGCGUGUACCGCGUCAACAUCAAUCUCUCGACCUCGGGGCUAUAUGCCGAUAUUCAAGAUGGAAGGAUCUUCCAUUUCACUCGUGGGCCGCAGACUGCCCGAGUGUCUUACGACAUCGAUGCUAACGGAGAAAUCGGGGAAGUCCAUAUAGAUGGAUCGUUCGGGGACGAGGUCCAUGCGUAUCCCACUGUCUUUACUCAGUGGAAGAUCCAGUUGUUGGAUGGUGACGAGUUGGAUUUGAGUCAGCUUACGGGUGUGGAUUUGGCGUGGAGGGUUUAUGCGAGGUUUGAUUAG